CUCACUCACUCACUCACUAACACACAGAAAGUUUGGAGGCCAGGCGAGCAGUGGGAUACCGACUGAUAGGAAGUGACGAGACUGCAUGAAUUGCAGAGAGCGAGAGAGAGAGAGAGAGAGAGAGAGAGAGAGAGAAAGAAGACGGGACUGUCUACACAAAGUAGAAUGAGAUACAACGUGCAAACAUCGGACUAUUGGCUGUAGUGCGGGAGAAACUGAAAUGCGCAUGAUCUUAUCAACAGCGCCGGAGCGAGAGACUUUCAAUGGAAGUGAACUAGGCUCCCAGAAGUGAGAAGCAGAGAUUUUAGUAAGGGGAUUGUCGUCUGAUUUCCAUGACCGUGCUUGUAAUUCUGGAAAGUGCUGGCACACAGGGGAUCAUAUGGGACUGUGACCUAUAAACUACAACCCCACAAUAUGAAGGAAAAGACUCUACGAAAAAUCCAAGAAAACAGUUAGGGGAUAUGAACGCAGAUCUUUGGAUUUCGCCUCGGUUUUUUCCUCUGUCGGGUUCAGUUUUGCGUCUUUGGGGAUGUUUGCGAGUUGCGUCUCUGCGGCUUCAGUUCGGAUACUGACCCGUCUAUGCGCCCUGGUGCUGGUCGUCGCUGUGGGACUCGGCUCAGAGCUGCGAGUCCGGGUCCGGCUCUCUGACGGACUGGUGACCGAGGAGGUGUUGGAGGCGGACAGUGAGAGAGACACGAUAUCGCUCGAAUUCAAGCAGGGGGAUGGGGCGCUUAUCACUUUUGUGGCGGACUUCAAACAGGAUGUGAAGAUAUUCCGAGCGCUGAUCCUGGGCGAGCUGGAAAGAGGGCAGAACCAGUACCAGGCGCUGUGUUUCAUCUCUCACCUCGGCCGCAAUGAGAUCAUCCCCAGCGAGUCCAUGGCCCGUCUCAGACAGAAAAAUCCUCAGGCCAUUCGCUUGGCAGAGGAGCGGAGAGGACUGGAGCAGCUGAUGAUGAGCGCGGCGGUCAAUCUAAGUCAGGCCUGGCAACUCAGCUCCCACAUCCACAACAUGUGCAGCGAGGCCCGGGAGGCCAUCUACACCAGGGAGGCCGAUGUCAAACACUGGCUGGACAAAGGAGUGGAUGGCUCCAUAUUCGAGGUCUUGCCCCAAAUAACAGAGGCGCCCAGCUUUCAGGCCUGUCACUCUACUAAAGACUUGUGGCAGCCCUGUCUCUGCACAUACAGCCUGCGUCUGGAGUGGUACCCAUGUCUGCUGAAGUACUGCCGCAGCCGGGACACCACUGGAAAAAGCUCUAACUACAAGUGUGGCAUAAAGAGCUGCAGCAAGGGCUACCAUUUCACAUACUAUGUUCCUCAAAAACAGCUCUGUCUAUGGGAUGAGGAGACCUAGCAUUUUGUUCUGGAUGGUUAAGAAAAGAGAAAUAGUUUUGUUUUUUUUCCAGCCAGGCCAGUGCAUCUCCACCCAUGCUAUUCAGAUUAAACACAGUAACACUGGUCCUCAGUUUAUAUGAUGUUAAGUGAAGCUGUCUCAGGUGGGGAGUGGUGAGAUCCAGAUGUUCAAGAAAUGAAUUCAGGUUCCAAAUGAGACCAAAACCUUUUAAGGAAGGAGAGAUGCAUCAUGUCGUUCUAAGAGGACCCACUAACUUUAAGCCUUUACUGGGAAAAUGACAUAUCGUUGUCGGCUAUAAUGUGACUUGCUGUCACUUUUGUGCCUUUUUGGGGGGGGGGGAUUAUUGGAGCAGAUGACAGAUGCCAACAACAAUAACCUCUCAAACAAGCUACAGCAAACUACACAAAGUUUGACAGAGCAUUUCGGGUCAAUUAAACACCAGUAGAGGAACUACAGAGUCCCACUCUGAUCAGAGGAGUCAUACAAACAUUAUCUUCCAUACUGGUGAAGGAUUUUUUUUCUUUUUAAAGCUCUGUGAAAAACAGAGCCAGCUAAAUGCCUGUUUAUAACGAUGUAAGCUGGCUGAAAAAUAAAAUGCUCAAAUGCUGGCUUUAUUUAUUUUGGUUGCAAAGUGAAAUUAUGGAGGACUAUUUUUGUAUCUUUCUGUUAAAACUAACCAUCAGUUUUCUUUCCUUUUUGCAUUAAACAAGCUCAAAAUCACACGUCUAAACCACAGGUCCUCAGUAACAAGAAGUUUUCAGACACAUUACAGAACAUUUUAACCUCUUGGAUUUUGGAUGUUGUUUCUAGGCUCAUCCAUACCUCAUGCUACUUUGUUGCCAAGUUUUCAUGGUUUGUACAGAGAGUGUGGAUAAACAUUAUCUUAUUUAAUAGGACAAGUUUAGUUCUGCUUUGCCCCAUCAUUUCCCAUGGGGGACGCCUCAUGCUCACCAAUCACAUUCACACUGUUUGUUUAAAAGUAUCAUAUAAACCAAAGUGAAAGCAAAAUACUGUCAAAAGAAGGGUGUAACGUUUAAGUUUCUAGAAACAGGCUCCUCAAUAUGGUGUUUUUCCAUGUUAGGGUUCACUAAAACUGCAGUAUAGCCUUUUUAAUUCUCUAUAAUGCCAUCUUCUGGUUAAACAGUGUUUCAGCUUCUCAUGUUUUCUGUUGUAGCCCAAUGCCAGAAUUCUGGUUUUUGGUUUCUGGUUUUGUGUGUUCAUGUCAGCAGUUAAAUGCUUAUAAUGUAUGCAUCUUAUACCCCUUACAGUACAAUUUACAUGCGUAAUUCAAGGAGCACUUCUUGAACUUGUGGGACCAAAUUUAAUUUUGUCUGUUCUUUAGGGCAAUAGGUUGAAGUAUAAUUUUGGUUUGUCUUACCUCCAUCUUCAUUUCAGUCUUUACUGCCAUAUCAAAUGUUCAUUUUGUGUUUUGUGUGUUGGUAUGUCCGGCUAACUAAAGAACCAAAUGAGUGAAACAUUUCUAUUUGUGGCCUUUUCUGGUGAUCAAGUGCCUUAACAUUUCCACUGAUAUCUUUGCUAUGUAAUUGUAGAUUACAUUUGUAAACAUAUUUUUUCUAUGAAAGAGUUUUGAAUAUGUUGUAAAAAGUUGCCAUAAGGAGAAAAUGAAGCAAUUAGGUAAUGAACCAUUUAAGAGUUGUGUUUUACAUGAAUUGUUUCAAUAAAGUCUUUCUUUGCACUGCA